AUGAAUAAUCUCAAAAAAAUAGCAAUAUUUUUAUUAAUGUGUAUUGCUACUGUUUUAGCUCAACAAACCGUUGGUACUACAACGACAACGUCGAUUGCGCAAUCUCAUCCGCCAUCAGCUCCUGUACAACCCCCAUCUUAUUCAAAUCCGAACCCAGGCAACAGUCCUACAGUUCAAGUAAAACCACAUUCAUCAACAUUUAUUCCGUCAUCACCUCUUCCAAUAACGACAAUGUCGGCUAAGGAAACUCAGCCAACUUUAGCAUUUACUCCGCCACCACCAGCUCUCCCACCUUAUUCAAAUUCGAACCCAGGCAACAGUCCUACAGUUCCAAUAAAACCAUAUUCAUCUCCUUCAACUGUAAAUGGAGCAGCUAAAUCGGCUAUAAAUACGGGUGUACUGCCUGCUUUGCCGACUUCUAAUAAAAACUCGGGAAAUAGCGUUAAUAACAGUAAUCAGUCAAAUUCACCACAAGCUAAUCAACCUACAUCAGCUAAUAAUAAUAAUCAACAAAAUUCACCACAAACUAAU